AUGGAAACGAAAUAUUCACCAUUUAACAUCACUAAUAUCCUACGGCACGAGAGCUGUUCUACCACACCAGGUCACCUGGUAUAUAAGGGUGGCAAAAAACACGAGACAGAUAGGCCUAUCAUCCCGGCACAAAUGUCGUUAGCUGACCGACUGGCAGGUUUGUUCACCUCCGUAGUUCUCUUUUUUUUUUCCUUAGCUUUUCGAGAGAUAAAUUUUUCAAGUUAGGUUUAUGAACACGAUGGGGUCAUUUUUAUUGACCUGCGCUUUGUUAAAAAAAGUUGCCAAAUGCGACGACAAUGGUGGGUUUGUUGUCAUGUAGGCGAGGGCGAAAGAACGCCCAGAAACAUUCUUCUCCUCUCGGGUGUCUUUUCAUGGUUAACUGGCAAUAUUUUAGUUCAAUCGAUCCCAGCCUAAUCCUUCCUUUUAAAGAAAUUCGCGUUUUCGUGAAGACACAAUGUUUUUGCGAGGUACUGGUGACAGGCACGUAAUGACACGAAGACAGAUCAUUGUGUGUUCUUACUGUUUACCGGACCAUGUGGCUCAUUCUAAAGAAAAGCAACGAAACGGACAUAAGGGCAUACAUUGACAUUUAACAAGGUAUGUUUUCUCUCUAAAUGCAAGAAAGUCAUGUCUAAUUUCAGCGUCAAACUUGCAGUUUGUUACAGGCACCAUACAUUUCCGCUGCGAAUGUAGAAAGCUACAUUCAUCAAUUCAAUUAGAAAGGUCUUCGUAUUCUUUAUGUCGCUUCUUUGUAACUUUUAGGCACUUGUCGACCGACGUUAAGAUGAAAAUAACUGGUUUUACAGUUAUUUGAAAAUGUCGGCUGUAAAUACUCUUUUUGCAGCUUAUAAAACACGUUUUGCGGUGUGUCGAAAGUCAGUUUAGAACCUAAUAAUUACUUGAUAGGUGUUACAACCUAAAUUAGUUUCCAACAGUGUCGCCUCGCUCAAAGCUCAGCUCUUGUCCAGUGUUGACAAAUUCUUCGCUAAAACGUCGACUUAAAACGGUAUGCACAAAAUUAUGCAGCCAGGAGGAAAAGCUACUGCCUUACAUUUAUGUUUUGUCGAAUUCAAUUCAUCACACCUUGCUCUCGAAUUGUUGGGAGGUAUCAAUUCGUCAUGUCUUCCUUUGGAGAUUAGACUUUUGCUGUCUUGCUUUUCAUCGUUUCAUGUAAUCUUCGGGUGAGAGUUUCGCAUCAUUGUAUUACAUGGAAAAUAUGUUUUUUUUGCAUUGUGGCCUGAUUCUGCGUUACGGAAAUGAGUUCUCGAGCGCACAUAAAUUCGAUUCAUUGGAAUUUUCGAUAACGUCUUCUGUUCGUUGGAAAGAAAUCUCGUGAGAAAUUUAUUUCUUUAUUAAUGUUAAACAACUGUUAAUCGUAGUUUUUGUAUAAAACAGUGAAUAUCCCUUCAAACACUGGUCGGUGGAAACAAGGUGACAACAGCUGUUGUUUAUUGGAAUAAUCGAAAUGUCGGAAUUGCUAACUCUACUCCAACCUUGUUAUCUGAUGUUCUAAUAAGACUAUUUAUGCAUGCCCUUUUUUCAUGAAGUCAAAGUGCGUACAGCAGUGUUCGUUUGGCAGUACAAGAAGACAUUUAUUUUGCAAAUUCAUCGUCCAAAGUCAUCACUUAGUAAUUGCUAGUUCAGUAAAAGCUCUCCGCGAACAUUCCGGUAAACAUACAGCACUACUUUCGAGUGCAUUCACAAGGUUGUGUAAACUCCAUAUAAACCCGCUGGUCACAGAUUCUCGUUGGUGGGUGUUAUUUUUAACAUUAGCAAGCCCUUUUUUGAGUUACGAUUUAGACGAUUCUUUUGCUUUUAAGCUCCCGUAAGCAGACACCCGAAAGGAAUUCCAUUAGCCUCUAGGUCUUACUUUAAUCGAUCAACUUCACAUCCCUGUUAGUCACAAUGAUUUCACAAUGCAAUGAUUAAUUACAGGGCCACGUUUAUGUGGUUGGUUUGCUCGUACACAUCCUAUGUUGAUACUGCCAUACUAAGCGGCCAUCUGUCGCUUACACGUCUAGUUAGGACAACUUUUCCGCGUCCUAAGGGUGUCCGCUUAAAAGAGUUUCCACUUCAAACUUAUCAGAAGAAAUCGCCAUCAUGUUUGAAUAAUAAAACCCUAUAACUGUUGCCACUAACCGCAUAAUAUUUUAUGUAUCAUGCAAAUACCAUGUACAACUGCCUUUGUAGUUUCUUGAGUUGAGGUAUGUCAAUUUAAAUCGAGCUUCGGCUGAGCAAGUACAAUGAUUACAACUCGGUUCCAUCGUGUCCAUCCUACACGUAGUACCGAUGAGAUAACGAGUUUCAUGAAACAAACCGAGAAAAAUACACAAAACAAACCGCAAAUCACUAAGCUUUUCUCUCGCUUUAUUAAACAAAAUGGAAGUCUAGUAAGGAAAUAAUUUCGAUCUUUUUCCUAGCAUCAGCAUAGAAAAAGACUUGUGAUCAAUUGUUUCUCAUGGCGGAUAUGAAUCCACGCCCUGUAUAACUCGAUUUACGUUUACAAGGUUUAUGUCACACUAAGAAAACUCGCCUCUCUAAGCGAUGGGUUUUGGCUGAGGUGCUAAGUUGCAAAUUUGUUUCCUUGAUUUGUGUGUGUUUUCAAAAGCUUAUUAGGUCGCAUUUGCGAUUUGGUAUUUGUUACUAGCUGUCGCCUACGGCUCCAAAAGUCGUGAUGGGUUAAUCUGCGAUGACAUACUCGGGUGCUUUGUUUGCUCACAAAGGUAUUUUGGGUGGUCGCUUGAUUUUGGUAGCGUUACUCAAAUAGGAGUUGCGUUAGUAGUUCCUCAAAGUACUGAAAAAAUAUGCAUAUUUCCUGAUUUGCCAAGUUGAAGAAAUGUCUCUGGUAUCCGGUAAAUGGGCGGCAACGCUAUGUCAAUUUCACCAACAUCUGUUCACAAUAAUUCGUAUUACUUUAGUGCAAAACGACGUCUACUUUACGGGUCACAAUGUUAAUCUUUGAACGUUUCAUUUUGGUGUGACCCUUUCACUAAGCAAUAGAAACUAUAUGAAAGUACAAGAUUAUGACAUAAGCUACAAGAAGUCUCUAGGUCGACUCCGAUCUGUAAUUAUGUGUGAUCUGUCUUUAUAUAACCGCCAUAUAUGGAGCCAGAGACGAACCGAAAUACAUCUAAUUCUGUAACCAAUCACAAAAUAAUUUCUGACCAAAAACAUUGAAUUUUUUUCUCGCUACAUGUUCAGGUUUUUUAUCAAUCAUUUUUCUAUGUUUAAGAAUUUUACAGAAAUCAUAAAUCAACUGUAAUUUAAUCAUAGGCAAUGGUCAAGCUACAGCAUGCGUAUACGUAAAGUUUUCAGAGGUUUAUUUUGAUUUGAUCCAGCAUACGAAGAGACCACGACGUCGAAGCACCACAAGUAGCUGCUAGCACCAGCGAAUCCUUCGGAAUACUCGAUUGUAGCAAUGCAUUUUGUUUAAGAUUUCCUUUUUGGAUAUGGUCGAAAAAGUGCUGGUUCACCGGAAAGUGUGCUAUACAUGAAUUUACUAUUGAACAAUUGCUGUGACAGGCGGCAUAUGUGUAGUAAGUUCUGGACCCCUUGCUGCAAGAAAAGUGGCAGGCCUUCAGGCAAACACACGUAAAAUUUCUCUGAGUUCAAUGGACCAAGCUUGUCCAUUGAUCAUCUCACGAAAAUUGUUCACCCUCAUAUGCUUCACUUAUCAGUCAGUAUUUACACGGUUUAUAUCUAAUGGGAAGCCGCUAUACUUGGCAAAGGUCGUACAUGGAAGUCGCUUGGCAUUCGGUGGAUGGAGGAAAACACUAUCAAAUCCAUCAGAAUGGCAACUACGCUUCGCAGUACUCUGUGAAGGACUUGGUAUUUGGACUAAGUCUUUAAUGCUUGGGUUCUGGUGAACUACCCGCAUACAAAUCUCGAUUACGAAGGUUUUUUUUUUUUAGGUAAAGAAUGCAAAAUAACAUUGAUGUGUAUGGGAACCAAAACCUAGCAGGCAUCUUAAAAACACUUGCAAAUUCACUUAAAGAAGUUUCCAAAUUUAUUUGUAGAUGAUGUAGCAAAUACAUCACUGCGAAGCACGUUGUUAACGAGAAUGUUAAAUAAGGUAAUUCGAGCUUCAUUUCGAGGAAUCGCAACGAGGAAACAACAGUAUGCACUUGCUUUUCAAUUAGUACUGUUUAUGCUUGUCCCACCUAUUUGAAAUCAAUAGCAUCCUGAAAGUUAAGGAUUUAUGAAAAAUUUUGUUUAUCAGAGACAUGGAAAAUACCCAGUUUGUCAAUCAAGCUCACGAAAUUUUCGGACUGAAACAGAAUAUUUGUUCAACGUAAGUUAUGUUAAGACCAAAAUGAACUGACUAAAGAAACAACACAAUGUGAAGGUGGCUGCUAAUUUUCAACAAAUGCUACACGAAGAACAAUUUGUCAAACUAAGCGACAGCUGCCUAUCGGUACCACGGUUAUCUUAACAUAUAAGACGCCGCAUAAGACCCGACAACAUUUGUACGUGCCCUGCUAGUGUGCCUUUGCAGAAUGAUUAAUUACAUUGGAAGGAAGCAUCCUUAUCGGAAAUGACACCAAUUACUGGGUCAUGACCACGUGCCUUAAAAGGAAUAAUGAGGCCGCCUAUCUUCUCAGCUGACUAACAUCAAACAGGCGAAAUCAUAGCCUAAAACAGAAUUAGUUUUACUUUGUCAAGUGCGAUAACAGGUCUGAAAACCCGAUGCAAUUAGGACCUCCGACAUUUUAACUACCCUACGUCAAACACAUUUUUACACUACACUAUCACGACUUAAAGUACGUUCCACUUCUAAAAAACAAUAGAAAAACAAACAGUUCUCAGGAUAGUUAAUCUAUCUUUCUAUUCAAAACUCGCUCAUUCUCAUGCAAACGAUACGUAAAAGAAUGACGGAAAGAUGCCAAUGAAAACGGUCUUAAGGAGAUUCCUAAAAUAGCCGUAAGGAACACGCCAAACCUAGGCACUACACAGCGUAUAAAGUAUAAUUAGCGGAUAGUAAGGGGUGUUUACCCGUGGGAUUCCAAUAAUAAACAACACUUCCUUCGUUUACUCAAACAAUACUUCGUUCUUAAUUGCAAUAAGUUGCGGGUAUCAGGUGGAAUUUGACUCAGCUAAGAAAUCAAAGCUGGAAACAUCAUAGUAAUACCGUGCGAUCGGCUGAAAUUUCCCCCAGUAGGAUUUGAGGCAAUUGUUCUCUAUCACUUUAAUAUCGUCCUACCUUAAAUUGAGUAUAUUUUAUAACUAUGUCGACGCACACCACUGAACGUCUACAAAGAGAAACAUUUCGAGCUACAAAUUGCAGAUUCACAGUAAAGAACACAUUUAGAUCAUUCCUUCCAAAGACGGCUAUUCACUCAGAGCCUUCUUCAGUAUUCUUAUUAUUGUAAUUUAAACCUUUUUAAAACCUUUACAGAAGUAAUUUUGGAAAACCAAGAAGACAAAGGAAAACGCAAGCCAAGACGAAUGCGAACAUGUUUUACACCAAGACAACUCCAAGUACUGGAGCAAACGUUUGCGAGAACACAUUAUCCAGAUGUACUCUUGCGGGAGCAGCUGGCUAAUUUUACAAAUCUUCCAGAAUCAAGAGUACAGGUGAUGAAAGUAGUCUCCAUUUAUUAGAUAAACCUUAAAAGACAAAAAGUUUAUUCAUUCAAAAAGAAAUUGUUGAGCUGCUUCAAGGCGGUAAAUAAGGCAAACUUCCACCUAAUGCUAAUCGACUCGAAGUGAUUGAACAUACCUUAACGAAGUAAUUUUAUGAUGAAAUUAAAAAGAUCACCAAUAGCCUUUCACUGAGGUAUAGAUAUGUUGUAGUUAAAUAGCUGUAAAAGUAAGAUUUGAGACUAAUUUGAAUCAUUGGGUGAGCCUUGCAACAUAAAGUUCCAUUAAAACUGACUGAGUAAACAUCAAAGCAAGCCGUGUCUAUCCAUGGUAAAGAAAAAUGAGUUGACUAUUUGUUAACAUUUUGGGUACUGCAUUUCAGUUCGAGGGGACAUUCAACAUCAGAAAUUAACUCUUACAAUUUUAAAAUUAAGUUAUAAGGAUCACAUUAUUUUCAAAUAAAAUAUUGCUGCUGUUGUUCUAUAAUGACUGUCUUCCUUUCUUACAGGUGUGGUUCAAAAAUCGCAGAGCAAAGUAUCGAAAGCAUGAAAAGUCUGGAGUAGAGGUGUUUACCAAACCAAGCAUUCCUUCAUUCCUUAAACCAGAUAACUCAAGAAUUCAGAGGCAUGAAACUUCAUCGCAGUCUCACUUUCCCAUAUUUCAAAGACCAAGAGGUGCAAGUCUAUCAGUAUUGUCAUCAGUUCCGAGAAAUGUGGACGUAGCCGAUCGACUGCAUGAGCGCGCCCACCACCUUCCGAGCGUGUCUUCAUUUCUUCCGCCGGUUCGAGAAAUCCUUCCUUCAUGUAACAUGAUUCCAACACCUAUUCAUUCAUUGUCUUGCCCACCUGAGUCGUGUCGCCAACCAUUUCCGACAUACACUCUCAGGCAUUUCACCGAUGUAUCCCCUUUCGGUCCAAUUAACAAUUGAAACUGGAAUGUAACUAAUACCUUAAAUUAGUGGUCCAUCGCUCAGAGGGCUAGAAGGAUUAUAAAGGUCAACCUGCGUUGGCAACUGUCAAUAAGAUUCAAUUAAGUACAUAUUAAUUAGACGCCUCGCAACACUUAAGUAUAGCAACUUAUUCUCAUAGGCACUACUGUGACAGCAGAAAAACUGACCCUUCCCUCUUCAGUUUAUUCCUAUCAAAAACAACAACAAAUAAAAAUGUGAAGAUCUCAACUUACAAACACACCAUCAUGGUGUCAUAAUUAUCCAUGUGUUUCUAAAGUGUAAACAUAAACACAAAUAUAGUACCCUCAAUAUACAGCAAUAGCAUCACAAUACAUGCUAUGUUUUCAUCAUCAUGUAGCAUCACCAUCAAUAUCUCAUAAUUGUGUUAUAUACUAUUGAGUCUUUCUACCCAAAAAAAAUAUAUUCUAUUCAAAUGGGAUUUGAGCACAUUUCAUAUAAUCUAUGUAUUGCAACUUUUAUGUGAAAACAUAAUUUUAGUCCUGCAAUAAAUAUUAGAUGAUAUCACCACAAGGCUUCAAACCGACAUUAGCAGUUUUUCAAAUAACUGUGUAAAGUUAUAAUAAUUGAUGACCAUUUGCACUGAGCUCGUGUAAUCUAUCUCUAAUUGUAUAUAAGGUAGCAAUUGCAAAAACAUACUUUCAAUAAAAAUUACUUCCAUUUC